GUCAUUUCAACAAUCAGUCUGCGCCGAGCGUUCACAGGGAGAGGUUGUGUCGCUCUCUAUCCUAAACAGCUACAAUACCAAUCGCGUGUUCAAUGCCGAGUGAAAGAAGUAAACAUACUAUAUUAUUAUAAUAAAUAGAAAGAAUCUACCUCAUGUAUUGUAAAUUGUGAAGUUUUAUCGUACUAUAUCCACAGUUAAAUUAAAAAAAAAGAACCCAAAGUUUGUGUGCAUCUUAAUAACAAAUUACGACAAAAUGGAUGAGUGGCAAAAGAACGAGAAGUUAUAGAUGCGCCGUACAUCAGAGGGACCGAGAGGUCAGCUCAGAAAACGAUUUCCAUUUACUUCUUGAAGACCCCACUUUAUUCGCCAGAAUGGUGCACUUAGUGGCAAUGGAAGUGCUCCCAGAAGAGCGAGACCGCAAGUAUUACCAGGAAAGAUAUACUUGCUGUCCACCGCCGCUCUUUAUCAUCUGUGUGACGUUGUUAGAGUUGGGAGUGUUUGCGUGGUACGCGUGGGGUUCGGGCGGCGUGGCGGCCGCGGCGGGCCCGGUACCCGUUGACUCGCCCCUCGUCUACCGGCCCGACCGGCGCAAAGAACUGUGGAGGUUCCUCACCUACAGCGUGGUGCACGCUGGCUGGCUCCACUUGGCAUUCAACCUCCUUGUUCAACUUGCGGUGGGCCUGCCGCUGGAGAUGGUGCACGGCGCAGUACGGUGCGGUGCGGUGUACCUGGCGGGCGUGCUGGGCGGCUCGCUGGCGGCGUCCGUGCUGGACCCGGACGUGUGCCUUGCGGGCGCGUCGGGCGGCGUGUACGCGCUGCUGGCGGCGCACCUCGCCAACGCGUUGCUCAACUUCCAUGCGAUGCGCUACGGCGCCGUGCGCCUCGUCGCCGCACUCGCGGUCGCCUCCUGCGACGUGGGCUUUGCGGUCCACGCUAGAUAUACUAAAGAAGCGCCUCCAGUGUCGUACGCGGCGCACGUGGCGGGCGCGCUGGCGGGGCUGACGAUCGGGCUGCUGGUGCUGAAGCACGCGCAGCAGCGGCUGUGGGAGCGGCUGCUGUGGUGGGCGGCGCUGGGCGCGUACGCGGCGUGCACCCUGUUCGCCGUGCUCUACAACAUCUUCAGCGGGCCCGUGGACGAGCUGCACUACAUGCCGCCCGACCCGCCGCCCGACGCGGCCGGCUUCUGAUGCGCCCGCCCCGCCGCGCCG